AUGCAAGUCUCGGGGGCUUUGGAAAGUCCUGCAGAAUGUGAGCUGCCUCUUCCAGGUUUGGCUCUUCCUGAUGAAGUGCGGGGAGUACUGCUCCCUGCCGUCCAGGCUCCUUCUCCUACCAAACGAAAGGACCGCUCUGAUGAGAAGUCCAAAGAUCGCUCUAAAGACAAAGGGGCCACCAAGGAGUCUAGUGAGAAGGACCGCGGCAGGGAUAAGACCCGGAAGAGGCGCAGUGCUUCCAGUGGAAGCAGCAGCACCAGGUCUCGGUCCAGCUCAACUUCUAGCUCAGGCUCUAGUACCAGUACAGGCUCGAGCAGUGGCUCCAGUUCGUCUUCGGCAUCUAGCCGUUCUGGAAGCUCCAGUACAUCUCGAAGCUCCAGUUCCAGCAGCUCCUCUGGCUCUCCAAGCCCUUCUCGGCGCAGACAUGACAACAGGCGGCGUUCCCGCUCCAAAUCCAAACCACCUAAAAGAGAUGAGAAAGAGAGGAAAAGGCGAAGCCCUUCCCCUAAACCCACCAAAGUGCACAUUGGGAGGCUUACCAGCAAUGUGACCAAGGACCAUAUCAUGGAGAUAUUUUCCACCUAUGGGAAGAUUAAAAUGAUUGAUAUGCCUGUAGAAAGGAUGCAUCCUCAUCUAUCCAAAGGCUAUGCGUAUGUGGAGUUUGAGAAUCCAGAUGAAGCUGAGAAAACACUGAAGCACAUGGAUGGAGGACAAAUUGAUGGUCAGGAGAUCACUGCUACUGCUGUGCUGGCUCCCUGGCCUCGGCCGCCACCCCGGCGAUUCAGCCCUCCCAGGAGAAUGCUGCCACCACCUCCCAUGUGGCGCAGGUCACCUCCACGGAUGAGAAGGAGAUCACGCUCCCCAAGACGCAGGUCCCCUGCCAGGCGGUCCCGUUCUCCUGGCCGCCGCCGCCACAGAAGCCGCUCUAGCUCCAAUUCUUCCCGAUAAGAAGCUCACCCCUAUAACUUAUAUCUCACUCAGCUCAGUUUUGUCACUUCUCUAGCCUAAAGUGAAGCAGUAGAAGAGGAUCCCUAACUCGGGCAGACUUCAAAGGCAACAAUGGAAACACUUGGUCUUAAGGCAGGUUCUGGCUGCAGAAAUGCUGUUGAUUUGGGCUUGUGUCCACAAAAGCACCCAACAGUUUUCUCUCGAGGAAGUCCACCCAUUCCCACCCAUUCUCUGAGAGUCUAUUCAGUGGCAGAGCCUGUAUGAAUGAGCAAGCCUCCAGGUGGUGGAGUGCCCCAACCUUCCAGAUGAUUUGGGGGUGCUGUUUGCAGUCUGGUUAUACCUUGGGGACCAAUCUUCCAUUCCCAUUAGCCCUGACCCUUUGAUUCCUGCUUGAGUCCUCCUGAUCUAUCAAAUACCUAGAGAGAGAACCCCCCCUUUUAGUUGCCAUAAAUGGUUCUGUCUUUUCAUACAUCCCUACCCCAUUUGUCUCCUUUACUCUGAAGUGUUUGUGAGCAGUUUGGGAACCAGCUUUGCA